AUGGGCUGCACACAAUCACACGAGGACUCCGAGGCCAAGGCUCGCAAUGCUGAGAUUGAUGAGCAGCUCAAGCGUGACCGCCAGAACAUGGCGCGCGAGAUCAAGAUGCUGCUGCUCGGUGCUGGAGAGUCGGGCAAGUCGACAGUACUAAAGCAGAUGCGGCUCAUUUACAACAAGCCGUACGAUGCCGAAGAGCGGGACAGCUAUCGUGAGAUUGUGUACUCGAACACGGUGCAGAGCAUGCGGGUGCUCCUCGAGGGUGUCGUGGCCAUGGGCCUCGACAUUUCCAGCACCAACCAGUCGCAUUACAACCUCAUCUUGUCGGCACCCGGACUCAUCGAGGGCGAUCGCUUUCCCCCAUCCCUCGCGAACGCCAUCAAGGGGCUGUGGCAGGACGAAGGUGUGCGCGAGGCCUUUUCGCGCCGGAACGAGCUGCAGCUCAACGACUCUGCACCCUAUUACUUUGACGCGAUUUCCCGUCUGGCCAACCCGGCCUAUGUGCCGACAGACCAGGACAUUCUGCGUGCGCGUGUCAAGACGACGGGUAUCACCGAGACGCACUUCCAAAUCGGCGACCUCAAGUACAAGCUCUUCGAUGUCGGAGGACAGCGUUCGGAGCGCCGCAAGUGGCUCGGUGUCUUUGAGAACGUGACGGCGCUCGUGUUCCUCAUCGCCAUUAGCGAGUACGACCAGAUGCUGUACGAAGACGAGACGGUCAACCGUAUGACUGAGGCGAUGACGCUGUUUGAGAGUGUUGCCAACAGCCGAUGGUUCAUCAAGACGUCCAUCAUCCUUUUCCUCAACAAGAUUGACCUGUUCCGCGCCAAGCUCCCACACUCGCCCCUCGCACACACGUUCCCAGAGUACAAGGGCGGCUCAAACUACGACGCCGCAUGUGCCUUCCUGCUGGAAAAGUUUGUCGCUCUCAACCAGAACCCCUCCAAGUCGAUCUACGCUCAUUACACCGACGCGACAGACACCCGCGCGCUCGCUUUUGUUGUGUCCGCCGUCCACGACGUCAUUAUCCAGGUCAACCUGCGCGAGUGUGGUCUUCUCUAG